UGGGAAGAAUGUCCCUUACAUUGGGGGUCAGUGGGAAGAAUGUCCCUUACAUUGGGGGUCAGUGGGAAGAAUGUCCCUUACAUUGGGGGUCAGUGGGAAGAAUGUCCCUUACAUUGGGGGUCAGUGGGAAGAAUGUCCCUUACAUUGGGGGUCAGUGGGAAGAAUGUCCCUUACAUUGGGGUCAGUGGGAAGAAUGUCCCUUACAUUGGGGGUCAGUGGGAAGAAUGUCCCUUACAUUGGGGGUCAGUGGGAAGAAUGUCCCUUACAUUGGGGGUCAGUGGGAAGAAUGUCCCUUACAUUGGGGGUCAGUGGGAAGAAUGUCCCUUACAUUGGGGGUCAGUGGGAAGAAUGUCCCUUACAUUGGGGGUCAGUGGAAGAAUGUCCCUUACAUUGGGGGUCAGUGGGAAGAAUGUCCCUUACAUUGGGGGUCAGUGGAAGAAUGUCCCUUACAUUGGGGGUCAGUGGGAAGAAUGUCCCUUACAUUGGGGGUCAGUGGGAAGAAUGUCCCUUACAUUGGGGGUCAGUGGGAAGAAUGUCCCUUACAUUGGGGGUCAGUGGGAAGAAUGUCCCUUACAUUGGGGGUCAGUGGGAAGAAUGUCCCUUACAUUGGGGGUCAGUGGGAAGAAUGUCCCUUA